GACUCUACUCAGUAACAGUGUUAAAGUGUCCCCGUCCAGGCUGUGUAAGCAGCCGUGGCUGUAGCUACAGUUUAUUGUGUCAGGCUUUUUCUUGUUCUUUGCAUCGUCUAAUUUAUCAACUAGAUGUGUGUUAUUGUAGUGAGUGUGCCGUGUUCAUAAGCCCGAUACUUAUAACCUGGCUGCAGUUAGCGGUGUCCCAACACUGAUUUCUAGUAUGUGAUUCAUGUUGAAGUAAUGAUAAUAAUUGUGUUUUAAAACUAUUUUUCUGCCAGUUAAAUAAAGAUCGUGUAUAUAUUUUCCUAAACCAUGCCUUUGUAUUCAUUUGUGAACUCACCUGCGUAUUGUUAAAGGGGAAACCCUCUGUUAAAGGGUCGGUAACUAAAAAAUAAGUAUAUUGUUAAAACUCUUUGGGUGAAAGUCCCAAGGUGGCGUUGUUGGUAUUUUAUCUUCUAAUCCCAGAAAUCCCUUUCCAGCCCUAGCUUGGUUACACUUUUCUGGCGUUGUCGGCAGGAUUUAAACAAUCAAAGGCAUGUGUUGGUUUUAGAAAUUUGUUGCUUUAAUGCUAAUUGGCGAUAUUUUUAUUGUACUGUUGUGUAGUGAGCAGACUGUGGUGUAGUGAGCAGUGAGCAGACUGUUAGCAUUUUUUUUUUCUUUCUCUCUUCCUCUUUCCAUUUAUUUAAAAAGACAAGGCAACUGUUGGCGCAGCGUGGGAUCUGCUGUUUGUCCUGGGUGCAGACCACUGACCGACGACACGAGUGGCUGCUGCUGUAGUGUCCCACCACCAUGGAGGACGAGCUGCAGGACCUCAGGGAGCAAGUGCGACAGCUACGGGCAGACAAGGAGCGGCUACAGGAAGAGGCUGGGCAUCAGGCCGAAGCACAAGCGGGUCCGAGUGCCCCCAGGACAAUGAUGAACACUGCUGCCCCCGAACGCAUCAUCUACCUUCCACAAGAAAGGAAGUGCCCCAUGUUUAGGGGUACUCAUGGUAUUGGGGUAGAUGAAUGGGUGGAGGAGGUACGAGCUAGCAUGAGGGCUAGACAUUUGGGUCCCAAUGACCAGGCAUGCUUUAUUUUUGAUCAUUUAGAGGGCGAAGCCAGGGAUGAAAUAAAGUACAGGCCACGUUUAGACCGUGAUGACCCAGAACGCGUUCUAGCCAUUUUAGAGGAGCUCUAUGGGUGCCCAAAGUCCUAUGUGUCUCUACAGGAAGACUUCUUUUCUAGGAGACAGUUAGAGGGAGAGUCUCUGCAAGAAUUUUCUCAUGCUUUGUGUUUCUUGAUGGAGAAAGUUGUUGCUAGUGCCCCUAACAGAAUGACUAACUCUUUUAUAUUGCUGCGUGAUCAGUUUGUAGAGAAGGUUAAUGACUUUGAUCUUCGUAGGGAAUUGAAGAAGUCUGUUCGUAGUGAUCCCACACUGUCCUUAGUUGAUGUACGUGCUGAGGCUAUCAGAUGGGAACGAGAGGGUAGCCCAGCUAACAGUAAACACCGUUCUAUUUCCCCUUUAUGUGCUGUGCAGAGCUCUUGUGUCCAGCGUAAUGUGGAGUGCCCACUUAGCAGUUCCAAUUCGGAACAGCUCGCAGCUUUGACCGCGUUGGUAUAUAGGCAACAGGAGCAGCUUGGUCAGCUCACUGAGGCCAUCAAAGCGAUGCAGGCGGCGCCCCUCGUCCCCAGACCUAGUCGGCCCAGUAGCGUUGUGUGCAGACGGUGUCACCAGACAGGACACUACGCCCGUGAAUGUGAGAAUGAGCGUGUCCCACAUUGCCCAAGUAACUCUUCAUGUGCUCCUCGCACCGUAGCCGCUACUUCCCAGGCAGAAUUGGCAAGGGUUAGGAAAAAGGGGUCAGUUCAGGUACCAGGAGGUGCUAAUGAGGUGGUUGCUACUACCUGUUCGGUACAGGUUGGGUCUUCUGGGUUGUCUUCAUUCAGAUACUGUGAUCGCCCAGCCCGUGUCAAAAAGAAUCCUGAAGCCUUCUCGAGGCAGACAAGGGUCGAUGCCCCAAACAAGCUCCAGAAAGUUCUCCCCGGAACGGCCGUACCUGAUGCCCUGCAGAGGACAGCGAGAAGGGGUAAGCGGCAAAUUGCAGUGCAGGCAGAGGUAACGGCCUUUCCCUCCCGCACCCCAGCGGACCUACAGGCACUCCAGCAGGCGGAUCCAGCCAUUGGAGCCUUUCUUCACUUCUGGCGCCAGCAGAGGGAGCCAAGUCAGGCUGAACGACAGGAGCUGAGUCCCCAGGUGCGUGGGUUGGUCCGGCAGUGGGACCGGAUUGUGCAGACUGAUGGCCUGCUGUAUCGUCGGCUGUUUCGCCCAGAUGGCGGGGAGGAGGUCUACCAACUCCUGCUUCCAGAGGGUCUCAAGGAGGAAGUGUUGACGCAGCUUCACCAGAAUCACGGGCACCAAGGAAUCGAGCGAACUACUGAGUUGGUGAGGCAGAGGUGCUACUGGCCAAAAAUGGACCUCGAGAUAAAGGAGUGGUGUCAGCGUUGUGAGCGGUGUGUCCUGGCCAAAUGUACACAGCCAAGAGUUCGAGUGCCCAUGGGUCAUCUCUUAGCAGCUAAACCGAAUCAAGUGCUUGCUAUAGACUUCACCUUGUUGGAGCCUUCCCGGGACGGAAAGGAGCUUGUGCUGGUGAUGACAGAUGUCUUUUCAAAGUUCACUCAGGCCAUUCCCACCCGGGACCAGAGAGCAGCUACGGUGGCAGAAGUGCUGGUGAAAGAGUGGUUUUAUCGCUAUGGAGUCCCAGCCCGCAUUCACUCUGAUCAAGGGAGAAGUUUUGAGAGUGCAGUGGUUCGACAGUUGUGUGAGCUGUAUGGAGUGAAGAAGACACGCACCACACCCUAUCACCCCCAGGGUAACGGUCAGUGCGAACGGUUUAAUCGGACUCUGCAUAACCUGCUACGCACUCUGCCUCUUGACCAGAAGAGCCACUGGCCUGAGCAUCUCCCCCAGCUUGUUUUUAAUUAUAACUCCACCGCUCAUCAGUCGACAGAACCGACUGAGGGGAGAGUGUGUGACUGGGUGGCAGAGCAUCGCUGGCGGCUGGAUGUUGCUUUUGACUCUGCCCGGGACCAAAUGGAGGCUGCGGCAAGGCGGCGAAAGGAGCGACAUGAUCGGGGGGUGCUGGAGGAACCGUUGAAAGCAGGUCAGUGUGUGUACCUGCGGGACCAUGCAGCACGUGGCCGUAACAAGAUCCAGGAUAAGUGGGGAUCAACUGUCUUCGAGGUGGUGAGACCACCUGAACCAGGCGGAGUGGUCUAUUCCGUAGCCCCAGUCUACGAUCUAACUCGUGUGAGGCAAGUGCACCGGACAAUGUUGAAACCUGCCCUGCCCCAGUCCCCUGGACAAAUUCAGGUCAGGCCGCUGCACGCACCCGAAGUGGCAUCGCCUUCAGAAGGUGAUGAAGAGGAGGAGAUGGUGGAGACUGGGUUAUGGGUGGUAUUGACGGCACCAGAGGACCAUCGGCCCACUCCAGCUCGUCCAACACCUUAUCGGAGUGCGCCAGUAAAUCAACCGCCUGCAGCAGUUGCCAGUUCCUCCCCUCUCACACCGCUCCAUGGAGGCCCUAGCACCAGCGCAGCUGUCCCACGCAAGUCUGUAAGGAAAACGGCAGGGCAUCACACAAAUGUGCAUCGUCUCCCACGACCAGUGCAGGGGGAGGCAAGUAGGGCUACAACCUCUCAGGUAUUGGGUUCUGGCAGUCUAGGUGCAGGUAUCUUUCGUCCUUGGUCUUAAUAUUAGUGUUAAUGUUAGUGUUUAUCAGCGGGCCGCUGAUAAAAAUUGGGGGGGGGUAGAUGUAACCGGCUGAUUAGCGCUCAUGCCCCACAGCUGGGUGGGAACCAAUCACCUGCGGUUACCUGGUUGUUUUGCGGGGAUAAAAUUGAG